AUGGUGGGGCCCCCUCCUGUCUUAGAGGGGGGCCCCGGAAUAAUGGUGGGUCCCCCACCAUUCUUGGAGGGGGGCCCCGUAAUAAUAGUGGGGCCCCCUCCUGUCUUAGAGGGGGGCCCCUCUAUGAUGGGGGAACAAAAGGAGGAGAAUAAGAAGAAAAAGAAGAAAAAGAAGAAAAAGAAGAAGAAAAAGAAGAAGGAGGAGAGGAAGGGGAGGAAAAAGAAGAAGAAGGAGAAGAAAAAGAAGAAAAAAAAGGAGAAGAUGAAUAAGAAUGAAUAUUUAAAUAAAGAGGAAAUAUCUUAUUUUUGCAUGCAGCCCCAACAAAAGAAGAAAAAGAAGAAGAAGGAGGAGGAGGAGGAGGAGGAGGAGAAGGAGAAGGAGAAGGAGGAGAAGAAGGAGGAGAAGGAGGAGAAGGAGGAGGAGGAGGAGGAGAAAAAGAAAUAA